ACACUAUCAAUGAUAUGGGCUUAAUAUUGGUUAAACGUAAUGAAGUAUAAACAUACAUGCACUGCUUGCCUAUACUGGCUAGCAGUGAGGAACAGUUGGCAGCUUGUUUCUCUUAACAAUAUCAGUACGGCCAUUAUUGUCUAACUUAUUUGUCGGUUUUCUGUGAGCGAUUUAAUUUUCCCAAAAUUAUAUCUAUUUUGGUUUGAUUGUGUAAUAUGGCUGAAUCGGACAAAUUAAACAUAGAUAAUAUAAUCGCAAGGUUGUUAGAAGUCCGUGGUGCUCGUCCAGGAAAAAAUGUUCAACUUACUGAAAGCGAGAUCAGAGGUUUGUGUCUCAAAUCAAGAGAAUUAUUUUUGUCACAACCUAUUCUGUUAGAACUUGAAGCUCCACUAAAAAUAUGCGGUGAUAUUCAUGGACAGUAUUAUGAUUUAUUGCGGUUAUUUGAGUAUGGAGGUUUUCCACCUGAAUCAAAUUAUUUGUUUUUGGGUGAUUAUGUUGAUCGGGGAAAGCAGUCUUUGGAAACUAUAUGCCUGUUACUUGCGUACAAGAUUAAGUAUCCUGAAAACUUUUUUUUGUUGAGAGGUAAUCAUGAAUGUGCCAGCAUUAAUCGGAUCUAUGGGUUCUAUGAUGAAUGUAAACGUAGGUAUAACAUCAAACUAUGGAAAACAUUUACGGAUUGUUUUAACUGUUUACCUGUAUCUGCUAUUGUUGAUGAAAAAAUAUUUUGCUGCCAUGGUGGUUUAAGUCCAGACUUACAAAGUAUGGAACAAAUCAGACGCAUUAUGCGUCCAACAGAUGUCCCAGAUCAGGGAUUAUUGUGCGAUCUUCUUUGGUCUGAUCCAGACAAGGAUACAAUGGGUUGGGGAGAAAAUGACAGAGGAGUAUCUUUUACAUUUGGUGCAGAGGUGGUAGCAAAAUUCUUACAUAAACAUGACUUUGAUCUAAUUUGCAGAGCUCAUCAGGUUGUUGAAGAUGGUUAUGAAUUUUUUGCAAAGAGGCAACUUGUGACACUGUUCUCAGCACCUAACUACUGUGGUGAGUUUGAUAAUGCUGGUGCAAUGAUGUCUGUGGAUGAAACUUUGAUGUGUUCUUUCCAGAUUUUGAAGCCCGCUGAUAAGAGAAAGUUUACAUAUGGUGGUCUUAACACUGGACGUCCUGUAACUCCUCCUCGAGGUGUAACCAGUAAGAAUAAAAAGAAGUAAUAAAUAGAUGAUUGUCACUUUUCAUUUCUCAUUAAUUUAAAUAUGUUUGCAAAUAGCAAACUAAGUCAGUUACAACAUGGCUGCUAAUGUGCUAAUUUCCAUACUUCCUUAAGUCGUACCUAAUUAUUCGCAUUGAUCGUGUAUCUAUUUAUUUACGGGAUAGAAAUAGUUUAGUUAAAGUACUAAGUUCAUGUGGAUUUAAAAUAAUACGUGUAUGAGGGUUAUCAACAAAACCAAUUAGUUUUAUGGAGCCAGAAAUAAUAUUUAUUGUUUACUUUAUUAGGUUUAAUUUUUUUUUUUAUGGCAAGACGAUAUAUUUAGAUUUAUGGCUGUUUUUGUGUUCAUGUUUUAUUAUGAAAAUCAGUUAUGUACAAUAUAUAUAUAUAUAUAUAUAUAUAUAUUAUAUAUAUAUAUAUAUAUAUAUAUAUAUAUAUAUAUAUAUAUACACACCAGUAUUUUCUUCUAUUUAGAAAUAGUGUUUAUGUCAAUAAUGGCCAGAAAGUGUGUGUGUGUUCUUGUUGUAUGUAGUUUAUUUAUGUGUAUAAGUAUGCGUGUGUAUAUAUAUAUAUAUAUAUAUAUAUAUAUAUAUAUAUAUAUAUAUAUAUAUAUAUAUAUGCACGUACAUACACACUCAGAUAUAUCAGCAUUAAUAUCGUAGUUUCAUAGGUAUUAUUGAUAUAUAUUUAAAUUAAUUACAAACCCAAGCAGAUACAGCUUUGAAUUAAUAUUGAUGAUCUAAUUAUAUAUGCACAUAAUCAGAUAAUUUAAGUAUAAAUUCAAAAGUUUAUAUAUAUAUAAUGAUUAACUUGUAGGCUCACAUACACUUUCACAUAGUUUCUUUGACUUUAGCUGUUAAACUGUUAUUUGUCCUUUGUUUGUAUAUUACAUGUAUCUUAUGAUCGGUUUUAAUUUCUUUUUUUUUUUCAAUGUUUGUUUUUAUUUAUUUAAUUUUUUAAUGUUAAAAUAUUUUGACGGUAAACCGUUUUAAUUGUUCUGAUUAAUUCAUUGUUAUUCUUAUCAUUAUAAAACUCAUUGAAUGAAAAUAAAAUUGGCAUUGAAUUUUAUUAUUUUUUCCUUAUUGUUCUGUACAAUAACUGUCAAGCUUAGUAUCUUCCAAUUACAUAUUAUAUUAUUUAGUUUAAGUAAUGAAAAUAAAGAUACUUUUUGAAAAAAAUAUUGUAAAAUAUCUUGAUUUUUAAAUUGCUGUAUGUAGGCAUAUCUUUAAAUUCCUUGUCUAAUUGUGUUAAUAUGUAACAAUGUGAAUAUUUAAUGCGUCUCCAUAAUUUCUAAAUUUAUUUCAUCAUUGACAUAAGUUGUCCAUUCCUGUAUUAAUAAGAAAUACUGAUUUUGAUGACACAUAUGGUUUUAUUUUCAAUGAUAUAUGUAGUGUUUAAUAAGAACAAUUUUUUAGCCUACUCCAUCAAUUUUGUACUAACACAAGAGAAAUUUUUCAUGCGAAGGUAUGGUCUAAUCUAAUAGCCCUUAUAGCAACUUUUUUUAAAUUUAUUAAAAUAACUUCAUCAUUUAUUUAACUUUAGGAGUUACUUGUUGUAAUUGGAUUGACAAAUUCCAUUUAAUGAUAUUACUUAUUCAGUAAUAAUAAUUAAUGUUUAAAAUGAAUAUAUAAGAUUUAGGAGAAGAAGGGAAUAAUUUAAGGGCAGCAUUUGAGUUUCGGAUUUGUGAGUUCAACACCUAAAUACUGGCAGAAACAUAAUUUAAAUUGGUAAAUGUAAUUAAUAGAUACAUAGAAUAAGGUUAUUAAAAUUAAAAUGAAUAAAAUAGAAAUAAAAAAAAGAGAGUAACAACUUUAAAAAAAAAAAAAGACAAAAACUGUCACAAGGUAAUUCUUGAAAGAUUCCAAAACAAAUUUUGAGUUUAUCAAAUACCUAAGAGUAUGUGUGCCAUCUUUAUUUGGUUGGUCUGUUUUAGGCUUUUUAAGUGAUAUGUGUCUAUCUGUCCAUAAACUGAAUUAUUAUGAUUUUGUGUUCUUCAGGCUUUGUUUUGGAAUUUUCCAAUAAUAACCUGUGAAAUAAAUUUCUAUGAACUAUAAAGAUAAUUUAUAAUAGAUUAUAUCUGUAGUUGGGCUUCAAAUGUAUAGUAGAACUUAUCAGCCUUAUUUACUAGAGAACUUUAAUAAUGAGUUGUUGCUCAAGAUAGGUCAAAGAAUAAUGGAAGGUAAUACUUGUUUUUUUACUGUACAAAGGUAUGUCGAGGUAUUAUUUAUAGUAAUCCGAAGACCCCUGACAGAGUGUAUUAAGUUUAGGGUAAUAUGACAUAGUGAAUGAAGGAGAGGAGGUAUAGACAGGAUGACCUCAAGUGUCAGGCGGAUGAGCACCCAAAUCACUCUUGGUCUGUGGGGUUAGGGAUGAACCUUAACACUCCGCAGAAACGGAAACCACAAACGGAGGGAUCAAUCUCUUGACUUUCUGGGAGGAUGAAGUACUAACAGAAGGAUCAAUCUCCUGACUUAGUAUAUAGCAGUACGAGCGGACGGAUCAGCACCCAGACCUAUGGAGAGAGAAUAGGAAAAAAGGUUAUAGGAGUAUUAUGAAAUAAAAGGCAGUUUGAUGCAGAACCAAAAUGCAUUUAUAGAAUAUACUGAUCAAACUGCUGGGAAGGUCUACACCCCAAAAUGGUUGAGUCCUGAGGACUUUACUGAAAUUCUGAGGACACCUAUGGUCUUCGUUACUCCAUGAUUAAAUGGGCUAGCAAGAGCCAUUACAGCGACUGUUAUUUAAAGUCUUCGAUCUGUAUACCUUAUCGCCCUUAAACUUUAUUAAUAAUAAGUAUAUACAUAUUUCUAUUUACAAUUUGAGUAUUUUACAAUACAAUAAUGAAAAAUAAAAAUACAUCUUUUAGGUAUAUUGAGUAAGUGCAAAUUCUCGCCAUAAGUGAAGUGAAGAAGAAGGGUAGUGGAGGAAUGAAAUUGGCUAAUAAUUACUCCCUAAUUUAUGCUGGAGUACCUAGAGAGGUUUUUGCCAAAGAAGGCGCCUAGUAAUGUCACCUAAUAUGUAUGAUCAUUUAGAGGGCUGGGAGCUGAUAUCUCCAAGAAUGAUUGUAGCAGAUUUUAAGAUGACCAUAGGUAAGAUCUCCAUAAUCCAGGUGUAUGCACCAAUGGAAGAUGCUAGUGUUGCAGAUAAGGAGGCAUUCUACUAUUUGCAAAAACUAGUGGAUAAAACUAAAGGAAAAGGAAGUUCAUUAAUCCUAAGUGGGAACUCCAAUGCCAGACAGGAAAUGAUGAAAUAUCUGGAUAUGGAGUUCUAGGGCUACAUGGAGGAGAGAAUGUGAGGAGUAGUAAUGGACAACGACUAAUAGACUUUUGUGUACAUAAUGACUUCCUCAUAGGAAAUUCUUUCUAUCCACACAAGUGAAUCGACAAAAUCACUCUGAUGCAUGGAGCGAAAUAGUGUAAUUGACUAUUUCAUAUACAAUAGGAACAUAAGGCAGUAUUUCGCUGAUAUAAAAGUAGUAAGAGGAGCGGAAAUAAGCAGCAACCACCUUUUACUUGUGCCUGAUACAAAGAUCAUUCCUGAGUAUAAAAGGAAAAUAAAAGUAUUUGAAGCCCUCAAGUUAAGGGCCUUGGAUGACCCAGAGAAAAGGGCCCUCUUUUGCAGAAAGCCUGGAAAAUAAAUUAAGAGAAACGUCAUUCAAUGUAGAUAUGGAAGGCACUUAAAACAUGUAUUCUGGAAACAGCAAAUACAGUUUGUGGGAAGAAGAGAGUGUCUGAUAAGGGAAAGUGGACAGACUGAUGGACCAAUGACCUCCAACGACUGAUUUCUCGGAAGAAGCUUGCCUGGAAAGCAUAACUUAAAGAUAGAACUGAAGGAAAGCUACACGUUUAUUGAAUAGACAGGAAUGAAUGUAAAAUAACCAUACGCCAGGCCAAGAAGAAGUGGGAGGAUUUUGGUUGCUGAGCGAGGAUCAUCGCGAAUCUAUAACAACAUUUUGGCGAAAAGUUAAAAUUUUAAAAGGAAAGCAAUGCAAGCCUAUUAGAAAUGUAAAAGGUAGCGAUGGAAUUGUACUUACAGACAAGGAAAGGAUCAUUGGCAGAUGGAAGCAAUAUUUCCAUGAACAAUUCUCCCAAAACCCAGAAACAGACCAUUGUCAAGAACAAGAGCCCAAUAUUCAAGAAAGCCUGGAAGUUAUAGAGGAAGAAGAAAGAGACAAUUCAAUUCAUAAGCUAAAAAGAGAUAAAGCAUCAGGAAGGGAUGGAAUUGUACCAGAGUAUUUGAAAUAUGGUGGUCAAGAACUUCUUAAAGCACCUCAAUCGCUCUUCCAAGAGGUAUAUGACAGAAAGAAAAUUCCCAUUGACUGGGAAUAUUGUAUAAUCCUCCCAAUUUAUAAAAAAAGGAUGCACGGCAGACUGCAAAAAUCAUAGGCGCAUUUGUUUGCUUUCAGUAGUCUAUAAACUUUAUACUUCUAUUCUAGAAAGGAGACUCCGGCGGAUUGUGGAAAGGCAGUUAGAAGCGGAACAGGGUUUUCUUCCAGGCCGAAAAACGCAGGAUCACAUCUUUGUUCUCAGAAAUGUUGCUGAAAAAGCAUGGGACAAAUAAAAAUCUGUAUCUUGCAUUCCUUGAUCUGAAGGCAUCGUUUGAUGUGGUCCCAAGAAAACAAAUUUGGGAUGCCCUAACAGCCAAGGAUGUACCUGGAGACUUGCUGGCGGCCAUACAGUCAGCCUAUCAAGGAGCCAUGGCAGUGGCAAGGAUGAACGGUAUGGAAUCGGAACCUUUUCCAAUUGCGAGAGGAGUUAGACAGGGAGAUAGCUUAAUUCCCUUUCUAUUUAUAAAUGUAAUGGAUGAAAUCCAAAAAAAUCUGCAUGCGUCGACAACAAUUGGGAAAUGGAAUUAGAGAACUGUCCUAAUAGCUGACACCAAGACCAAACUACAAAAAUCUCUGGUAGAAUGGGAAGAAGAGUUGCUUAGGAAAGGGAUGCAAAUUAACACCUCCUAAGAGUAAAGUGUUGGUUAUGGCGAGAGAAGAACGAAAAGAUGUCCAACUGAUCUGCAACGGCUAGACACUUGAGGUAGUGAGUGAAUAUACAUACUUAGGGACCUUAAUUAGUAGCUCGGGUAAGAUAGACGCCGAAAUAUCAGAAUAUGUAAGGCGAAUUAAGUGUAUUACCAGACUACUAAUAGCAUUAUCGGCCACCGCGAAGUAGACAAGAAGACCAAAUUGCAUAUAUAUAAGUCUGUUUACCUACACUCACCUACGGCGGAGAAAGCUAGACAGGCACUCUACUCGCAUAACGGCAGCAGAAAUGAGGUUCCUACACAGAUCUGUUGGGGGAACUAGAAGGGAUCGCAUUAGGAACGAAAGCAUUAGAGAGCAACUAGGAGUUACCGAACUUAAAACCAUUCUAAAAAGACGGUAACUCCAGUGGUUUGGCCAUAUCUGCCGCAAGAACGAGAACUUCAAUCCUAUAAAGAUAUUAGAGGCUCGACCCACAGGAAGGAGACCACGCGGACGCCCCAGAAUUACAUACCAAGAGUAUAUUCAAAGAAUUGGAAGUAAAAGAGGCAAAACCCUCAAUGAGAUGAAGCGACUAAGCAGAAACCGGGAAGAUUGGUUACGCUGGAUUGAGGCUCCUCGACGCUAACUAAUGGCAUAAGAGGAAGACAGAAGAAGAAGAGUAAGGGCACACCUGUGGCGCUGCCAGGUAGCGGGCCGUUGAACUUUUCGUCCCUUGUAGGUUUGUUGGCGGACAGGAAUAGGUCGCUACAGGCAUAUUACUCUCAUGUAAAAAACAUAAUAGAGCAUCUAUAGGGUUGUGGCAAGGGCUUGAAGUUAUUAAACACCGGACAGAUAACUUCUUAACUAGCAUCUAAAAAUUAGCAGGCUGUUCCCAAAUAGGAGUAGAGGGUAGAGGGAGUUUUGCCAUCAGGCAACGAAUCUGUUCAAAUGUAUCAAAUUUCGGGCAGACAACUUAGGAACUGAAAUCCUGAAGAAUCUGAACUCAAAUGGUCUGCUGAUGAUCUAAUGCAAGAUUCUUAUUUACUAUUCAGAAUUAGAGAAUAGAUAUUCAAUUUAAGGACAUAUGACUGAUGGCAGAUGUUAUGGGACACCACAGGGGUCUUACGACUGAAUUCUAAAUCCCAAUUAGCCAAUUGUGACAUUACAGUUUCUCUUGAGAUCCCGUGUCUGUAAAGGUGCAUAUACUUCUGUUGGUGCAGAAGUUAAUAAAGGUUGUUGGAACUGAACAUAAAUUAACUUAAGUAAUUAAGAGUUUGAUAGGAGCAUGCUGAGCUCAUUAGUUUUCAUACACGUGAAUUUUCUAGAUUAUUGGAAAGUUGAAGUUAAAGACAGUAUUUUAAUUAAUAUUUUUAUAUAUUAGCAUAUUGUUUUUUUGUGAAUUUUUAGUAGUAAUUAUGGCGUUGUCAGAAAAAAAUUUCAAUUAAACUUAUGGAUGUUUAUUGAAAGAAAGUCUAUUCUUUGGUAUCCUCAGCUCAAGGAUUAUUUUUUAAAAACACUGAAGU